CAGGCAGUGUUGUGAUGGUGAACGGUUGUAAACAAUAUGGCUGUACGUAUGUACCUGGUAAAUCAUAAACAGCUUGUAUCUCUUGGAGUGUGUAGCGCUGGGAGAGUUUAAAUGCUGACGUAAUUUAUACUGUCUCUCUGGAAGAUAACCAUUUGAACUGAGGUGUGUGUAUCCAUCUAUUACUCAGGAAAUUUUACAAACGUAUAGAGAAGGAAAUGUUUUCAUAAGCUGCAUCAUUCGCCAUUCCUGGUCAGGGCAUCAUUUUGAAUUAUUGCUGGUGACGACUAGAGAUUUGAAACCAAACUGUCUUUCUCAUUUAGAAGCUGAAGAAUCAUGGAAACAUAUAUUUUACACUGUGACUUCUCAGGGGCAUGCGAUGACACUGUAUAUGAAUUCCAGGAGGAUAUGGGCAGAUUUCAGGAAGAGUUAUCUUCCCUUGGUCUUGAUGGAAUUCUGAGGUUGAUUAUAGCCUUCCAGCAGAGAGUAUGCGUUGUUGGAUUUCCUGGUGUGCGUUCUGCUGGAUUUGACCUGACUGAACUCAUUUUGAGGAUGUUACUGGACACAAUAAGUAAAAUGGUAGAAGAAAAUGUAAUUCCUUCACAAGAGAUGGAGGACCGGCUGCUUGAUUUGUAUGUGGGGUUGUUGAAGUCUGGACCUGGGAGUAGUCAUUGUAAAUUUCUCAAAACCAUCACUAAACAUAUGGAGUUCCAGGAUUUAUAUGAUGAGAAAUUACAGAAAGUGGUUGAAGGAUUUAAGGCCAUUAAGUAUGUGGAGGAGGGUGAUGUUUCCUUGUACAUUGACACAGUCGAACGAGAGUAUCCAGACCUACUGGCAGCCACUGUCAUCAGGAGGAACAAUGAAAAUCGCUUGAGGAUGCCUGAGGUUCACAAGGUUUGCAUGGAGUUGUUUGUAUUCUAUCUGGUUCAGCUCCCACAAACAUCAGUCUCACUGAGGAAAGCCCUGGAAAGAGCCCAGCAUAAGAUCUAUCAGGCUUACAAUAGAAAGCCCUUUUGUGGAUUAGCAGAUACUGACUUCUAUAGGUCUCAAUUGAUUAAUCUCCAGAAUUUCAUCAAGGAUCCAAAAUUUCCUCAAAGUAAAGAAAUCUGUGAAACCACACAACAUGGACUUGGGGUGAUAUUUGAGAUAAAGGACUCGGCCAUGAUUGUGAAAGUGUAUGCUGACAUUGUUCCAUUGUUGAAGACGCUGAGCAUGAAAUCCUUGGCCCCAGACAACAAGUCUGUGUUAGAGAGAUUGGAUGGUUUCCAUAAAAACAUUCCAGAUGACUGUUUUAAGAAUACAGAAAUGUUUGAGGUUUGGGCAGUAGCAGCAGCAGAAAUUCUGGAGAAAUCUCCAAGGGAGACAAUUACUGGAAAAAAUCUGGCCUACACGUCAGACAAAUACAUCGAGUUUAUAAAACCCAAAGCUGAGAUUGCUAAACUUUGGCUGCCGAUUGUUGUGGGAUUUUGUCGGUGGACCCAAAAUUAUACGAUACGAGCUGCAGAAUCUAUCAUUUUUUAUGAUAAAUGGAAAAAUUGCUGGAAAUGGAAGGAAAAUGUUUCCACAGCCAAGGACAUUAUCGUGGCUUUGACAACUACAGAAUUUUCCUCAUGUGAAGAUGUGGAAAAGUAUUCAUCAAAUGCAGAGACCUUUUUAAAGAGACUAGUGAAACAACUCACACUCCUUAAAGUGGCCAAACAUGUAGAAUGUGAGUUGGCUGAGUUGGCUAUGGUCACCAUGGAGGCUGUUGGAAGAGAGAUAAUGGUGGACAGACUUUGUAGGUCAGCUAGCGAACUGAUGUCAUUGCAGAGCAAUAAACAACUGAUUGUGGGUUAUGUGGACCGGUUCCUGCGACUAUUGAAGAAUGAGGAUUAUGACUGGGAUAGGGGCUGGGUUACCACAGCUGGGCUUGAUUUCUUCAUCAAUCUCAUCAAGUCAUCCAGUGGGGAUGAAGUGAGGGACAUGGAAAUUGACGAUGCUCUUCUGCGGGUUUUACUUUUCUGUUUGUCAGAAGAUCGUGAAUACAUCAGUAUCGAGAGACAGGGUCUGAACAUUUUUGGCUUGAUAGUAGUGGCCGGACUAACCCAGUUCAUCCUCUUGCACAAGGGAAAGACAACCGUAGGGCGACUUAAGCCUAUAUUUCCUCACAUCCAGCGCCUUAUGGACAACGAGGAGGAAACAAUUAAGUCAACCAUGCGGGCUCUCAUGCAGAUGUUUGGGGAGGAAACUUCCAAGUUAAUGGACAUUAACGGAAUGGAGAACUUAAUUAGUUUGUAUCUCAAGGAAAAGGACUCAUCUACGCUGAAUGCCAUAUCUGCUGCAUAUGUGGAGACCUCAGAGCCCCUAUCUAAUCAGUUUUUGCCACUGAUUAAGUCAUUCACACAAACAGAAAGCCAUGAAAUGCCAAUUCAAUUGAUGUUUCUGAAGAAGGUCGCUGAAAUCCAACCCGAGUUAUUUAGAAAAGAAGUGUUUGAACUCUUAUUUAAACAUCACUUCAUGGACAAGCAUGCCAAUUCUCAAACUCUGCUAGUGAUGGAGAUCGUGUCAAAAUAUCACCCUGAAAACCUGGAACCUUUCUUGGAGAGUCAUUUGAUGAGGACUGAGCUAAUGAUGGAAAUGAUGGCUCACUACCAAGUCAACAUCUUAAUCAAAGUAGCAGCUAAAUACCAGGACAAACAAGGCUUGGUUUAUUUGUAUUUGAUGAAACGAAUUAAGGAAACAAAAUGUGAACAAGCUCUAACAUCAAGUAUACAGGGUCUUCGUGAAAUAAAUUCCAUAUGUGGGGCAGAAAUGUUUACCUCCGAAGAUAGGAAGUACAUAGAGAUUCUAAAGACAGGGGGACCAAAUCAAAACUUCAGAGAUCUUGCAGAAAAUCUUAUAGAUGAAUUGGAGGGCAGGAGCCUUGAGAAAGUGUCUCAAGAUGUUGAUGAACAAUCGGGACAGAUAGGGAAACUGGAGAUUGGUGUGGCAGGGACAAAGGUAGUACUGAAAAAAGUACAGAGGGAUGUAAAGCAGCAGGGGGAGGAGAUUGAAGGGGUAAAAGAUGAGCUGGUGGAGGUCAACACACGAGUGGAUCAAGUGGAGGUGGAUGUGGAGGAGACCAAAGAUAAAAUAGAGGAAGUGGAUAAAAAGACAAUGAGUAAUGCGCCUACUUGGUCUCGAGAUGUGACAAAACUGAUGAACCCAGAAUCUGAACAUGAUUGGAGACUUCUGGCUAGUCGUCUUGGUUACAGUCCUGAUGACAUCAGAGGUUGGGCCACCCAAUCAGAUCCCUGCAUGGCACUGCUGAGUGAAUGGUAUGCCACACACAAAACAUUUGAGGCCUCUAGAGGAGUGCUGAAUAUCCUUCAGGAAAUGAAUCGGUUGGAUGUUGCCAUAAUUGUAGAAAAUGCCAUGAAAUCUGCAGAGGGAGUGGUAGCGGAUGAACCAGUGGAUUACCCAGAACCCCCUGAAAUUUUUCUUAGUUAUCAAUGGGGUCACCAGAAUGAGGUCAAGCUGAUCAGUCGUCAUCUGGAGAUGGCUGGAUAUAAAUGCUGGAUGGACGUGGGACAGAUGGGGGGCGGGGACAAGCUGUUUGAGAAGAUUGACUCCGGAAUCAGGGCAGCCAAAGUCGUCAUUUCGUGUGUGACGGAGAAAUACGCAAAAUCGCCCAACUGUAACAGAGAGGUCAAUUUGUCUGUAAACCUUGGGAAGCCCAUGAUUCCCCUAUUGUUGGAAAAGAUGUCAUGGCCUCCAUCUGGUUCCAUGGGGCCGAUCUUCAGCGAGUUUUUAUUCAUCCGAUUUUUCCAAAGACCAGGGGAGAACACUAACGAUGACCGAAUCUGGCCCGCUGCCAAGUUUACAGAACUCCUAAUGCAGCUGAACUGUUUGAAAGUUUUGCCAGAUGAGCGGAAUAUUUCAGAGGAGUACAAGAACUGGUGGAUACCAGUGGUGGAGAAGAUACUGAUUCCUGAAAGAAAUGAGAAAAAAGUGGAAACACCACAAUUGGGCACUGGGCAGCAGAAGUCUCCAUCCGAGGUUCUUUCCCCUGAUGUAUUCAUCUCUUACCAGUGGGGGAAACAAAAGGAAAUCAUGGCUCUAUAUCAGAAACUGACGAGUUUGGGGUUCACCUGCUGGAUGGACAUUCAUCAAAUGGGAGGAGGGGACUCCCUGUUUGACAAGAUUGACCGUGGGGUCAGAGGUUGUAAGGUCAUGUUGUCUUCGGUAACCACAAAGUACGCUUUAUCUGCCAACUGUAGGAGAGAGGUCAGUUUAGCAGAUGCUCUGAAGACGCCUAUCAUCCCUAUGUUGAUGGAGAAAAUAGACUGGCCCCCCAGUGGACCAAUGAGCAUGGUUCUUACACAGUUAUUGUAUGUCAAUUUCUCAAAGGAAGAGUCCAUUCAGUUAUCAUGGGAGGGAACAGCUUUCAAUGAACUGCUGAACAAAGUUAAGCAACAUGUUUCUAUCCUUGAAGAUGAUACCAUUCAAGAAGAAAAGCAUAAGAAGGUAGAUACACCAUCAAAUGCCCCACAAACUCCAAUCUCUUCAAGAAAUGGUGGCACUGAAGAACAUGAUACUGAGCAGCAGACUAGUGAGAAUGGUGACACUAAAAAGCGAAAUAGUGAGCAGAAAAGUGAGAAUUCCAGUGAUCAGAAAGCAAACCUGACGUCACACUCUGUACAACCCAGGACUUCCGCUGUCAAUAUUGAACAUAGAAAUAAAGCGCAGUCCUACCCUAGUGACAACAAAAAGAAAUCAGCAACAUGUUCUAUUCUGUAGUGCUUAAUAGAUAAUAACUUAUAAUGAUGCUUGCAGAUUAUUUUAGGUCACAGGGUAUGUUUUUAAAACGUUUACUAGUUGAAGAAAUUGUCAUACAGAACAGUUUGUUUUAACGGCCAGAAGAGAAACAUAGUUGUAGAGUUAUCGUUCUAUAUGGUAGUUCAACAUGUUUUAUUUAUAGAGGAUUUGAAUUUAUUGGUUUGUCUGUACCUCAAAUCAAUCUAAUUCAGAUAACUACAAGAAUAUGGCUUUAGUACAUAUAUUGACAUUGCGAUCAUCCUAGAAACACUGACCUUGUUUAUAAAUAAUUCAUUCAAUCAAAAAUAUAUUUAUGACUAGGCACCUGAUCCCACCUCUGGUGUGUCCAGGGGUCCGUGUUUGCCCAACUAUCUAUUUUGUAUUGCUUAUGGGAGUUAUGAGAUUGAUCAUUGUUCGUUAUCUUCACCUUGCACUGUCAUGGGAUUUUUAUUGUUCAUCUCUGUCAAUAUGCUAAUAUGAGUACUUCUGGAAGUAUCAGGUUACAUGAGCUCAAAAACCUGGAUCAUCAGGUCAAAUAUCGAGGUCACAGUCUAUAAUCAAAUGUUUGCAUCACUGCACACAGAGAAUGCCAUUAAAUAGUUGUACAAUUCAAUGUCAAUAAUGAAUGGUGAAGAUCACGAACAGUGAUCAAUCUCAUAACUCCUAUAAGUAAUGCAAAAAAGAGAGUUGGACAAACGCCGAUCCCUAGAUAUACCAGAGGUAGGAUCAGGUGUCUAAGAGGAGUAAGCAUUUUCUGUCGACCGGUCACACCCGCCGUGAGCCCUAUAUCUUGAUCAGGUAAACGGAGUUAUCCGUAGUCAAAAUUAAUGCGCCAAGAACGGCCUAACAAUCGGUAUGAAACAAGUCAGACAACAUUUGACACAAUGCUGACGUUAAACGAGACUGUUGAAACCCUUGCAGCAUUAACUUCUCUGUCAGUAGCCUGCCUCGAUCUAAAAACUUAUCAUACGCAGAACAAACUCUUGCGUAUCGAAUCAAUUAAGAGAUAUAAACAUCAUAUGCAGGUGAUAAUGGGAUAUUGCUACAUAGAUAUGGGAAUUUGACGAUGGUGAAUCUAAAAUCAUCCGGUUUAUCGUAAAGUUGAGUUAUUAGUUUGCCGUUAAUUUCUAUUUUCAAUAAAAUAUCUAAGUAUGGAGCAGAA